AACAAUAUGGCGCUGUCCAUGGUGUACAGAAAAUGCUUCAUCUGCUGCUUGAUGUAUUGAACGUAAAGUAGCUUUGUUAACGAACACCAACCAUGUCUGGGUCAAAUGCCUGGAGUCGCAGCCGAGAGAAAAUGAGACUUUUCCCGGAACUUUUUGCACAAUGUGCAGGAGAGGGAGCAACGUAUGGAAAGUGUGUGGCAGCUACCAGCACAGGCAGACAGGAGCUGAAGAAGGACAUGUGUGCAAAGGAAUUUGAAGCAUUGAAGACCUGCUUUACAAAUGCAGCCAAGAAAAAAGCCAAAUGAAUGCAAACUAUCCGGCUUCAACUGUGAAAAGACGAAGAUGGAGUGUUGACCGACUUCUGAUGCCGGCAGCACAUCAGUUUAUCUGGACAACACUUCCUCUACUUGUUCCUGUAAAAUAACUAAACAUGUGAUGUUGAGAAGUCAACUGACUUUAUGACAUUGUUGAAAUGGAAACUGUGUGUUGUUGCAAUGGAGCAUGAACUACUGCUCCAUUCUUUAGUAUGUAAGACUGAAUAAAACGUUUAUAUCUUCUG